GGCAGCGAAACGAACAUGGCGUCUGGUUGCUUAGCGCUGCGAAUGUAAAUCCGGUCUGGUAAUCUGGGACAUAUACCGCACUUGUCCGUCGCAGAUUGUCCGUGGGCAAACGAGAAAUGUCUGACUCGGAGGAAGACAGCCAGGACCGGCAGCUCAAAAUAGUUAUCCUGGGUGAUGGAGCUUGUGGAAAGACGUCUUUGGCCAUGCGGUUUGCUCAGGAAUCAUUUGGAAAACAGUACAAACAAACAGUAGGACUGGACUUCUUUCUGAAAAGGAUAACCCUGCCAGGGAAUUUAAAUGUUACUCUUCAAGUCUGGGACAUUGGAGGGCAGACGAUAGGCGGCAAAAUGUUGGAUAAAUAUAUAUAUGGGACACAGGGGGUCCUUUUGGUUUAUGAUAUCACAAAUUACCAGAGUUUUGAGAAUAUAGAAGACUGGUUCUCCAUGGUAAAGAAAGUAAAUGAAGAAUCUGAAACACAGCCAUUCGUUGCCCUGGUAGGCAAUAAAAUUGACUUGGAACACAUGCGUACUGUAAAAGCAGAUAAACACCAGCGAUUUUGCCAUGAAAAUGGACUGGGAAGUUAUUAUGUUUCUGCAAAGACAGGAGAUUCUGUCUUCCUGUGUUUUCAAAGAGUUGCUGCUGAGAUCCUUGGAAUCAAAUUAAACAAGGCAGAAGUCGAACAGUCCCAGAGAGUGGUGAAGGCUGACAUUGUGAACUACAGUCAGGAACCUGUGACACGAAUGGUCAACCCUCCUCGAAGCUCUAUGUGUGCAAUUCAGUGAAAUAUUUUUUUAUUUUAAUGACCACAUUUAGCAACUUGUUCUGCUGUUUCACAAGCCCUUGUUGGAACUUUGUUUUACCAAGGACAAUCUCUGUAGGGCAGUUAGAGGUUUUCAAAACUUUCUACAACAUUUUGUUUUAUGAAGCAACAGGCAAACUCCAGCUGGCCAGGAUCCAAAAUUUGGACCACACACUAGAAAGUCUGUAUUAAUGUUUUAAGAACAGUUAUGACAAUAUAAUUAUGUAUAGGGUACUUCUGCCUUUAGUACUCUUAAGCCUAAUAUAUUUAAAACAUUGUCAGAAGUAAAUAUGAAGUAGUUAUCUAAAUCUUUCUUUAUUAUGUGUAUGAAUUUAUGAAUUUUACGGACCAGUACAGCACAAUAAAAUAUUUUAAUAACAA